AUGGCCGAACUUGUAGCAGAGGAUCCGGCGUCCUACAGGAACUUCACAAGAAUCGAACCUGAUAUGUUUCAAAAACUUCUACAUGUUGUUGGUCCAAGGAUAACGAAGAAUCACAGCUGGUUCAGGCGGCCAAUUAAUCCUGCAUUGAAGUUGGCAAUUGCCUUGAGAUACUUGGCAACAGGCGACAGUUACCGUUCUUUGAUGUAUGGUUUUCGUGUUGCACAUAACACAAUCUGUGGUAUUGUACGGGACGUAUGCGAGGCCAUAGUUUCAGCGUAUGCCGAGGAUGUUAUCCAGACUCCUACUGAGCCUGAGCAGUGGCAGGCAAUAUCAGACCAGUUCGCAGCUAAAUGGCAGUUUCCACAUACACUUGGAGCUCUAGAUGGAAAACAUGUGGCCAUACGAUGUCCUAAGAACGGUGGCUCAUUAUACUAUAAUUACAAAGGAUACCACUCCAUUGUGCUACUUGCCUUGGUUGAUGCCGAUUACAAGUUUACAUGGGUCAAUAUCGGAGCACAAGGAGGAUGUUCAGACGCACAAAUAUGGAAUCAGAGCGACCUCAAGUUGGCAAUCGAAAGGGGGCUGAUUGGCAUGCCAGAUGAAACACCCCUUCCAGGUGAUGACAAACAAAUAGGAUAUUAUAUUAUCGCAGAUGAUGCGUUCGCCAUGAGAACUUGGCUUAUGAAACCAUUCUCAAGACGAGGUCUUGAGAAGGAUGAGCGAAUUUUUAACUAUCGCCUGUCAAGAGCCAGGAGAGUUGUGGAGAACGCUUUUGGCAUUCUCGCCAACCGAUUCCGAUGCCUACUUUCUGUUAUGCCCCAAAGACCAGACACAGUAUGUUCGAUAGGCCUCGCAUGCGUUUGCCUUCACAAUAUCAUGAGGUCAAGAUAUCCUGGUGAUCAAAACAUUCAAAUGGAUCAAGAAGACGACGCCCAUCAAGUCAUUCCUGGAGCAUGGAGAGAUGGUUUCAACAUGGACAAUUUGAUGUGUCCAAGGGGUGGAAAUAUUGAUACCUUCCAGGCAAAACAACAGAGGUUGUACCUGAAACAAUACUUAAAUUCUCCUAUCGGGUCUGUUGAAUGGCAGGAUAGAAUGAUAUAA